GACCAAAAUAAAACAUAUGUUGUUGUAGUCUCAGUGGAUUUGUUUUAGCGACCAUAGCUCUGCCACCUGCUCGCUCUAAGUACUCCCAGUCAUGACUGUUCUCCGUCAUUGUUCCUCAGUGGUGGAACGGUCUCCCAGAGGCAGCAAGACUAAGCUCAUCUCUUUCAGCCUUCAAGAAGCAACUCUGAUGGUACCAGUUCGCCUGUGACGUCUGAGAGAGGACACACUACCCCACACCCUCACCAUGUCUGGGAUCCAGGCAGCCUGGCCACCGGGCACAGAGUGUGUGGCUAAGUAUAACUUCCAGGGCACCACGGGCCAGGACCUGCCCUUCUUCAAGGGGGACGUGCUCACCAUCAUCGGGGUCACCAAGGACCCAAACUGGUACAAGGCCAAGAACACGGUGGGCAGAGAGGGCACCAUACCUGCCAACUACGUCCAGAAGAGAGAGGGCGUCAAGUCGGGAGGCAAACUCAGUCUCAUGCCAUGGUUCCACGGUAAGAUCUCGCGGGAGAUGGCCGAGCGUCUGCUCUACCCUCCAGAGACGGGGCUGUACCUGGUGCGGGAGAGCACCAACUACCCGGGCGACUACACGUUGUGCGUCAGCUGCGAGGGCAAGGUGGAGCACUACCGCAUCAUCUACCACGACGGCAAGCUCAGCAUCGACGAGGAGGAGUUCUUUGACAACCUCAUGCAGCUGGUCGAGCAUUACACCAAAGAUGCGGACGGCCUGUGCACCAGGCUCAUCAAGCCAAAGCUGAUGGAGGGAACAGUGGCGGCACAGGACGAGUUCUCCAGGAGUGGUUGGGCACUCAACAGAAAAGAGUUGAAACUCAUCCAGUCCAUUGGAAAGGGAGAGUUUGGCGAUGUGAUGGUGGGAGACUACCGGGGGACCAAGGUGGCGGUGAAGUGCAUCAAGAACGACGCCACAGCACAGGCCUUCAUCGCAGAGGCCUCCGUCAUGACGCAACUACGACACACUAACCUGGUGCAGCUGCUGGGUGUCAUCGUGGAGGAGCGAGGAAGCCUCUACAUAGUCACCGAGUACAUGGCCAAGGGCAGUCUAGUAGACUACCUGCGUUCGCGGGGCCGGACGGUGCUGGGUGGAGAGUGCCUACUCAAGUUUUCCCUUGAUGUGUGUGAAGCCAUGGAGUACCUGGAGGCCAACAACUUUGUGCACAGAGACCUGGCGGCGCGGAACGUGCUGGUAUCGGAGGACAACAUCGCCAAGGUCAGCGACUUCGGCCUGACCAAGGAGGCCUCGUCCCAGCAGGACACCGCCAAGCUGCCCGUCAAGUGGACGUCCCCAGAGGCACUCAGAGAGAAGAGGUUCUCCACCAAGUCUGACGUCUGGAGUUUCGGCAUCCUGCUGUGGGAGAUCUACUCUUUUGGCCGAGUGCCUUACCCCAGAAUUCCAUUAAAGGAGGUGGUCCCGCGCGUGGAGAAGGGCUACAAGAUGGACUGCCCGGACGGCUGCCCGGCGGCGGUGUACGACCUGAUGAAACAGUGCUGGACCCUGGACGCAGUGGUGCGGCCGUCCUUCCGCUCCCUACGCGACAAGCUGCAGCACAUCAAGGCCAAGGAGCUCUACCUGUGAUAGAGAGAGAAAUAGAGAUAGCAGCUCUGGAGAGAGAUAUGGAGAGAGGGAAAAGGAGAGAUGGAGGGUAAUGAAGUGAGGGAGCACUGCAAAGGAAAGAUGAAGAAUGGAAGGGGUGAACAGAAGGAUGGACGGAGGAGAGCGUUUUUUGGGGACUUGCCUUCGUCGCGUGCUCAAAAAAGAAAAAAAGAAAAAAACAAACCAUGGACCACAACCUAACCUCCCCUCCCCUCCCCUCCCGGAACUCAUGCUUUCCUUUUGGACUUUACAAGGCUUCAUUUGGUUUUGUUUGUCUGUUUUUUAAAUUUGUUUUGAAUAUUUUUUUAAUUUUAUUUUGUUCUGAUAUUUUUUUUAAACGUGUCUUUCAAGCUCUCCUCUGUGCUAAGAAAGGAACACCCCCCAACUCUGCAUUUCCCGUGCGUGCGUGCGUGCGUGCGUGCGAGCGUGCGAUUAACAUGUUCUCAGGCGUGUGUGUGAUUUGCAUUGCCUACGCCAGGCUGCUGUGUCCUCAUCGUUGCCAUUCUGGCCUUUCCUUUCACCCUCCUCCUUACUCCUCUCUUCCUGUUACAGUACUUCCUCCCUCUCUCUUCCUCCCGCUCUCUCUCUCUCUUUCUCUCCAUCUGUCUUAUUUAUUCCCCCCUUCAUCUCUUUUCAUCUCUUCACGUUGCUUUGCCCUUAAGCCCUUUCCUUCUCCUAUUCCUUUCAUGCUAGCACUUUUUAUGAAGCUGUAACUUUAUGGAAUGGACUUUAUGAACAUCACUCAUAUACUUUAUGAAGAUGCCUUGCUUCAAUGCUUGUUCAGCUCCUCUUCAUGAUAGGGCCUUGUCAAGACUGUAGUCCUAACCCAGAAAGUCACGACACACUCAUUCAGCAUUAUAAUGCCUUCAGAAAGUAGAAAGUAUUCAUUGGCUGUCUGGUGCAUACACAUGCCUACACUCAUUGACCAGUUAAAGAUGUUACUCAAAAGCAGUAAAGUUGUGCCCAACUGGACCCGAAGUCCGUGUACAACUUGGCUAUUUGGGCUAACAUGACCUGGACCAAUGAGAAUCUUCAGACGUGUUGCAAUAUCUCUAAAUACUGUAGCUCAGCUGUUCCUGAAUUGAUGGCGCUGCAGGAUUAUGGCCAAAAUUAUUAUCGUGAUUAUUUGGAUCAACGUUAUCAAGAUUAUUCACCACGAUCAUUCAUCAUGUUAGGGAAUGCAUCAAUAUUUUCAUUGCAGUACUUUUAAACAAACAAUAUAAAUUGUGUUAAUGAUUCAGGAGGCAUUUUGGACCCUCAGUUAUGCGUCCACUUGAUGGUGGAUGACGAGCUUUUGGACAAGAAUGUGUUGAUUACAUAUGCAGCUAAAUAUUCCUUUUAUGGUUGCCAAAAUCAUGAUUUCGAUUAAAGAUCUGACUCAUUGUGCCGCCCUCGUUAGGUCUUUUGAGAGUAGAAGCUUCAUAUAAGGCGUUGGCCAUUUUUUUUUUGAACGUAUCUCUCUCUUGUGUUGCCUUUGUCCUGCGUGUCUUUUCCUGCGUUGUGUUGUGUGUCACUGCAGGCGUGACGGGGAUGGGAGUGAGGCUGGCCUCCUUCCCACACACCUGUCAGGUGCUUCAUCCCUCUCUUUCUUUCCCUUUUUUUACCCUCCUGCUUUUAUUUUGUUUUGUCUUUCGUUGUGAGCACCCCCAUCUCCCUAUCCCCCAGUACCUGUUAUGAUGUUACCUCUCUGCCAAUCAUGUGUGGCGCUGACGGACUGGCUCCCCUCAUCUGCUUCAUCCACUCCCUCUAUGUGUGCGUUUGAGUGGAUGUGUGUGUCUGCGUGCGUGCGUGCGUGUGUGUGUGUGUGUGUGCAUGCAUGCGUGUAUGCAUACAGUACACGUGUGUGUUUGCGUGCGUGUGCGUGUGGGCGUGUGUGUGUGUGUGUGUGUGUGCGUGCGGCCUGUGUGCGCGUACAUGCAUCCGCAUGUGUGUUUGCGUGUGUGCGUGCGUGUGUGUGUGUGUGAUCAGGGGAGGGCCUCAUUCUGUGCCAAAGUGCCUCCAGAUGACAGAGCUCCAGCCUGCAGUCGCCCUAACCCCUGACCCUCAGACAUCCCUCCCCAAAUACUGUACCAUCGCACCCCCCCCCUUCCAUCCCACCCAACAGCCCCCCCGCCCCCAUCCCUCACGGCGCCACACAGACUGUUCUGUGUUUCGUCUAUUUUUUUAAUUAAUAUUAUUUUUUGUUUUGUUUUUGAUAAACUGUUGAAUUUGUUUUAUCUUUUUUUACUCUGUUGUUGUUUUAUGUGUAUUUUUAUUUGUUUAUUUUUUUGUUGUUUUGUAAUUUUUCUGUUGUUGCUUCAUGCUGUUUUUGCUCUCCUGAUUGGAAACUGUGCAUGUCAUGACUGUCCACGCAGAUAUGGAGACUUAUCCUUAACACACACACACACACACACACACACACACACACACACACACACACACACACACACACACACACACACACACACGGUAAGAUCACAGUAUUUACAUGUAAAAUGCACUUGAUAAGAGGCAACAUAAUGCAUAUUUGUUCAGCUAACGAGAUCUUGGCCGAAAGCUUAAACAUUACACUUAAAAAUAAAAACAAUAUUUUCAUUGACACUGAAUUGCUCUCGCACAACUCACACCCCCAUACAUGCUUUGACAAAAGAAAAAAAACAUACACACACACACACACACACACACACACACACACACACACACACACACACACACACACACACACACACACACACACCCCGACGCAAGCAAUACAACACAUCAGACUUUUUGUCUCCGCAAGGACAAAGACGCACAGUUUGAGCCCUUCAGGAGGGCGGGGAGGCAAACCAGAGGAUUGGUUUAAAAAAAACUUCAUCUGUACGUGGGUUUGUUUUAUAUUAAAAUAUAUUUAACGACUUUAAAAAAACAUACACACAUAAAAAGGAGUGAAAGAAAGAAGACGGACGAAAGCAACUGCACUGAGAAAAAAAACAACUCAAGACCCUGACGUGGAAGACGAGAAGGACUUUUGUGUCUGUGUGAAUCUGUAUGUGUGAGAGUGUGUGUGUGUGUGCGUGCGUGCGUGUGUGUGUGCGUGUGUGUAAAACCCUGGUCAGGCGAGCGAGAGCUGCAUGCUGGCUGUGCAAGGCCUUGGUUUUAAAAAACAGAAGAAGAAAAAAAACUGUCAGUGCUUUCAGUGUCUCAUCCGUUUAUUAUGCUGCCAUGGUUACCAAUAAAUCAUUCCAUCUGA